AUGCCAUUUCUCCAGCCAAGCAGACGUGCAGAGGUUUUGGCGAAAUUGAGUUACUUUUUACAGCACGCGGCGUCGCUAGAGGUUGAGACGAGAGACGGGAAAAUGCGUCUGGUUGACGCCUACAUGGCGGGAGAGGAAACGCCACUGGCCUUAGCUUGUCGGUUCCGCCAACCGGCCAUAGUGCUCCUUCUCCUCCGACACGGCGCGAGGACAGAAUUGCCAUAUGCCCGUCACCAGUUCAGCGACUGCCUGGAGGUGCUGCUGACAUCUUUAUACUUCGUCCACACCACGGAGAAUGACCAUGAAAAUGUGGAAAAAAGUUUACAAUACAUCUGCCGCAGUGCUGAAAGAAUCAGCAUGAAGCGCCUCGAGCACCGCUUGGCGGACAACAUGUACAAACCAUCACAUCCAUCAUGGCGGGAAAUAAUCCCAAGCAGACGACACAAAGAUCCCGCCGAAUUGCAGCAUCUUUGCCGCUGCAAUAUCAGACGGCAGCUGCAUAAAUCCUUCUCCCUGCCUAAUGGUAUAGAAAAGCUGCCUUUGCCUAACAGAUUGAAAAAGUAUUUGGACCUGGAGUUUGAUUAG